GGGUGCCCGGUGGACUUGGGCUUGUAGCUCUUGACAUCCUGGCCAGACCUGCUGUGUGACUGCGUUUCCCUGAGGAUCCGGAUUGUGGUUUUUCCUGGCUGAGUUGAACUUCACAUCAAACAUGAAGCUGAUUUUGAUCUUCAGUGCCCUCUUCGGGGUUUCCUUGUGCCUGGAAACUUUUGUUGGGCACCAGGUUCUCCGAAUCAAGACAAGAAAUGAGGAGGAAGUUAAGGAGUUACAGCUGCUGGAAUCACUUGAACACCUGGAGCUUGAUUUCUGGAUAAAUCCCUCCACCCCUAUGCUCCCCGUGGAUGUGCGAAUCCCCGCUAACAGCCUCCAAGAAGUCAAAGCCUUCCUGGAGUCCCAUGGCAUUGAGUACUCCAUCCUGAUCGAAGACCUGCAGGUUGUUCUUGAUAAAGAAAAGGAAGAUAUGGCCUACAAUCAACAGAGGGAUCGCAGCAGCAACAGCUUCAACUAUGGAACUUACCACUCUCUGGAUUCUAUUUAUGCAGAGCUGGAUCAUCUUGUGUCUGAGUACAGCAACAUCAUCAGUAAGCUCCAGAUCGGGCAAUCCUAUGAAAAACGGCCUCUGUAUGUGCUCAAGUUCAGCACUGGAGGAAGCAACCGUCCCGCAAUCUGGCUAGAUGCCGGCAUCCAUUCCCGAGAGUGGGUCACCCAAGCGAGUGCGAUAUGGAUAGCUAGAAAGAUUGCCUCCGACUACGGGAAGGAUCCAUCCAUCACCUCUCUGCUGAACAAAAUGGACAUUUUUCUGCUGACAGUCACAAACCCUGAUGGAUACGUAUUCACUCACACCACAAAUCGCAUGUGGCGGAAGACCCGCUCCAAGAACCAAGGCAGCGUGUGUAUUGGAGUUGAUCCAAACAGGAACUGGGAUGCAGGUUUUGGAGGUCCUGGAGCCAGUAAUAAUCCCUGUUCUGACUCUUACCGUGGGCCCAGUGCCAACUCAGAGGUGGAAGUUAGAUCCGUUGUCAACUUUAUUAAGAAUCAUGGGAACAUCCGGGCGUUCCUCACGCUCCACAGCUACUCUCAGCUUCUGAUGUACCCCUAUGGCUAUAAGUGCACGGAACCUGCAGACCACGCCGAGCUGGUGAGACGAACUGCCUUGGCUUUAGCUUCCUCUGCUCUCAGGACCCAAAUCAAGCCUCCGUUCACCCUCCGGCUCUUUGGCUCUUCUCUUGCAGACCAAGCCAGUGGAGGCAGCAUUGACUGGAGCUACGAUUACGGCAUCAAAUACUCUUUCGCCUUCGAGCUGCGAGACACGGGUCGCUACGGUUUCCUCCUGCCGGCCAGCCAAAUUAUCCCAACUGCCGAGGAGACCUGGCUGGGUCUGAAAACAAUCAUGGAGCACGUGCGAGACAAUUCGUACUAAGAGCUGGGGUGGGAAUCAGCUGGAGCUGCAACCCCAUAAAUCCUCCUCCCUUGGCGUGCUUGGACGGCUGUAACGAUACGGCACCCGGCUGAAUAAAACCCCUCUGUGCUUUCCUCCUACAGUGCUACGUGUCUGCACAUAAAAAACUUUUAACACUCGUCUUGUUUGCUGCCUCUCGAUGUAUGUGGUUGACCCCACAGAUUAUUUUAAGACACGGUUGUGGUCUGUCUCAACAAACCACAGUAGGAACAGGGACGAGGAAGAGCCCACCUUACGCUCUGGUAGUGCCCGUUGGCUG